GAGAGAGAGAGAGAGAGAGAGAGAGAGAGAGAGAGAGAGCACUAAGUUUAGGCCGGGGCCCUGAUCCCUAUCUAGUGCAUAGAGCUAUGAUCUCUGGGCCCUGAAAGACUUCUCAAUGAACCUUUACAAUGGCACAGCCUUUCCACCAACACCCCAUGUUACGCUAAUUCCCCUGGAACGAAGGCAUUCACUUUGAGUUUUCUGAGAGAAAUAGGUGUUAUUUAACACCUGUAGAUUCGGUUAAUGGUGUUAAUGGUGUUAAUUGUGUUAAUGGUGUUAAUGGUGUUAAUGGUGUUCAAGACUAAAUGAGUAACGCAAAAGGUCAACGUUCACAUGUUAUAGUUAUAGUUAUAGUCCUCCCAUAUCAACAUGUCCUGUAGUUUACUGAGAUCCUCCCAUAUCAACAUGUCCUGUAGUUUACUGAGCUCCUCCCAUAUCAACAUGUCCUGUAGUUUACUGAGCUCCUCCCAUAUCAACAUGUCCUGUAGUUUACUGAGCUCCUCCCAUAUCAACAUGUCCUGUAGUUUACUGAGCUCCUCCCAUAUCAACAUGUCCUGUAGUUUACUGAGCUCCUCCCAUAUCAACAUGUCCUGUAGUUUACUGAGCUCCUCCCAUAUCAACAUGUCCUGUAGUUUACUGAGCUCCUCCCAUAUCAACAUGUCCUGUAGUUUACUGAGCUCCUCCCAUAUCAACAUGUCCUGUAAUUUACUGAGCUCCUCCCAUAUGUCCUGUAAUUUACUGAGCUCCUCCCAUAUGUCCUGUAAUUUACUGAGCUCCUCCCAUAUCAACAUGUCCUGUAGUUUACUGAGCUCCUCCCAUAUCAACAUGUCCUGUAGUUUACUGAGCUCCUCCCAUAUCAACAUGUCCUGUAGUUUACUGAGCUCCUCCCAUAUCAACAUGUCCUGUAGUUUACUGAGCUCCUCCCAUAUCAACAUGUCCUGUAGUUUACUGAGCUCCUCCCAUAUCAACAUGUCCUGUAGUUUACUGAGCUCCUCCCAUAUCAACAUGUCCUGUAGUUUACUGAGCUCCUCCCAUAUCAACAUGUCCUGUAGUUUACUGAGCUCCUCCCAUAUCAACAUGUCCUGUAGUUUACUGAGCUCCUCCCAUAUCAACAUGUCCUGUAAUUUACUGAGCUCCUCCCAUAUGUCCUGUAAUUUACUGAGCUCCUCCCAUAUGUCCUGUAAUUUACUGAGCUCCUCCCAUAUCAACAUGUCCUGUAGUUUACUGAGCUCCUCCCAUAUCAACAUGUCCUGUAGUUUACUGAGCUCCUCCCAUAUCAACAUGUCCUGUAGUUUACUGAGCUCCUCCCAUAUCAACAGGUCCAGUGUUGGAGGAGGCAGAGGGGAGAGACUCUGAUGAGUGAUAAUGAUUAAGCUGCAAACCAACCAAUUUAUUACAAUACCAUUUUUGAGAGCUUGGAGCGGUUUUGAAUAUUAAUUCUGUCUUUUUGUUUUAUCUAUAGCUCACAUUGAAUUCCCCACCCUCCCAAAUGGUUUCUUUAGAACACAUUAUAUAAUUGUUUAUUGCAAGAAGAGAAUGUCCCCUUUUCUACUUGAAAUAAUUCAAUAUAUUAAUGUACAUUAAUGACAUUAUAUUAUAUAUUAUUAUUAUUUUAUAUAUUAUUAUAAUAUUAUAUAUUAUUAUU